AUGGCCUUCCAGCCACUAGGGAGUGACGAUUGCGCCCUCGCGACAAUUAGAGAUUUCGCUGAACUACAUGGCGCGAAACUUAAUCGUGGGUUCUGCGUUGGCAGAUCUGAGGUCAGCGAGAAGGUGAGAUGCAUUGGGGGUUUUGUUAAGAAGAAGGACUUAGACGUGUCGAAAAUGCAAAAGGGCUUGGUUGAGUUGCUUCGAGUUCCAGCCGGGGCUACUUUUUCAUUGGAAACAAUGCUGCAGUUUCUGGACACUGAAAGUUAUCCCACCCAAGACGCUGAGAAGCUUACUGAGACUUCAGUAAAAGUGAAAAAGCUGUUUUUUGAAUGCUGUCAGAUCCCCGUGAUAUCUUCGCAGGCCUCAGAAACCUUACUUCUUAUAAUCUAUUUCAUUAUCUUCAGUGGCCUUGAAAGGAACGGUUACGCGCUACCUGACCCUAUUUCGCAUUACUUGAAUGGGGUUCUAUUAACAACAGAAGUUGGAUCACUCUACUCCGAUGCCUUUGUGUGGAAAGAGACUACAGAUAUAAAGCUGUUUGCACAAUAUGGAUUUGCCUCUAUUUACUCAAUCUUCCAUGCACUUUCCGAGUUUUCAGCCGCGAACUUCGGCAGCGAGAACUGUGGUGCGAUAGUUUCGACGCUCAUGGCCAGCAUCAGUUCAAGGUGCCUGGAGAUCCCGCACGAGGAGCACAAAGGUAGCGACGAUUUCUACGUGAACACAACUUUAGUUCCUGUGCUGGAUUAUGUCAACCAUGACAACAAGCGAGUCAACGCGCACUUUGAUGUUGAUAGAAGCACCAAUGAUAUACUACUGGUGCUGGACAUGGACUCUUGUCCUCAGAACGAAGAGGUUUUCGAAGUUUUCAUUAGCUACUUCCCAGUCGACGAGGUUAUUCGCUUCGAAAAGAGCUACGGGUUCUUUCCUCAGCCAGAAGGAAACAGAGUGAGCUUCAUGAACCUGUGCUUUGACAAGCGGUUCAACGCAAUGCAAGAGCUCGAUGUCUUCCUUUUUUAUAAAUGGUUUUCCGUCAAGCCAUGCUUGCAGUUCAUACUAAAAGACGAGAGAGUCUACAUCAAUGACACGCUCAAGCAGUUUGCUGAGCUACUUUUGCCGUUUGUUCCUGACCCUCGGGGGGGAUUCCAAUCGUGUUUCACCUACAAUCCAAACAGUUAUAGAACGUUCGCCUGCUUUACUUCAAAAGCGCGAGGCCCCUCAGAAGAUUGUUUUCUGGAAGAGUGCAAAAAGCUGGUUCAUGAAAGCGAGAUGAACUCAAGCGAGGUUAUUGGUCUCCCCCAGCUGGCGUGGACUUGUCAUUUUGAUGCACAAGGCGAAGACUUUGCCAGGCUAACUAAGGAACAGUGCUUGGAGGUUUUGUUCGGCUCAGACGAACUGUACAGCCGCGCUAUCGACACUUUCCAGCACUACCUUCGGUUAUACAUGAAUUGGCGGUUGUACAUGCUCCAAGAGGCAAAGCCACGGCUGGCAAGGUCAUCUCUCAACCUUGCUAAUCACGAGAGUUACGUGGUACGGCAAUACUGCCAACAGCUUGAGCAAAAUCUGCCUGUAUUCUGGUCCGAUGUUGAAAACUAUGAAAACCUUGAACUUACAGAUUGUGCACUACCACCACCCCUAAAGUGUUCCUCCUACGCCUACAAGUCGCCAGGUGAAGAACGGCAGUUGCCGUCCAGUGAAGAACCAUUGACCAAGUACCCGGAAGAAGAAUUCUUCCAGUACGCCAGCUUUUUCAUGAAAAGCACAUAG